AUGCAAUAAAAUAAUUCACCGCCCUCUACUGCUUCAUUUGUGCUCGAGAAACUCAAACACUACAGAAAAUCUCACAUGUCCUUUGCACUCCGCAAUCUUCUCAGCACAAGCUCCAACAAAUCAAAGACAACUACUAAACCGUUUAUGAAGUUAUUUUCCUCCUCCAAUUGCAAUUCUCCACUCCCCAAAGAUAUAUCUCUAUUCGAACGCACCCAGGAUUAAACUGUAAAACAACUGGAUCUCAGUAAUAUGCAUGAAUUCGAAUACAAAAUGACUCCGCAAUCCCAACUCAACUCAUUUAGCAGAGACUUAAAGCUUGCCCCCUUCAUAAGUGCCAAAAGAUACAAUAAAUUGGACAAGCGAUACAAUAUUAUACUUUACUUUGAAGAGAAUUCCAUCCAGUUUCAAGAGCUAAUAAGAAGAAAAGAUGCUGAGAAAAUGAUACAUUUAUUUUAGAAGCCUAUGUUCAUAGCACAAGAACAAAAUUUAAUAGAGUUGUUUUCACUUAUGAUCUAUUUAUUAGCUUAGUUCUUUUUUGAUUGCUAAGAAUACUCAAAGGCUACAUAUUUCUUAAAGGAUUGCUUCACUUUAUCGAAUCUAUCUCGGAACCCUAAAUUGAAAGUUAAUUCUUUACUAUCUAUGGCCAUAUGCGCUAAAUAGUAAACUAUUUUAUAUUAAUAGAUUAUUUUGAUUCAAAAAGCUUUGAUGUAUUCAUGGGCCUAUUACUAUCACGAUGAAGAGAUUCAGUGUUAUGAUGCAAUGGGAUUGGCAUAUUUCUAUUAAGGUAACAUAGAGCGAGCAGAGUUCUAUCAUUAGAAAUGGUCGAGUGGGUUUUUGGAGGAACCAUCAUCGUAUUACAGAGUAACAGCUUUAGAGUUUAUCUAAAUGUUUGAAAGAACCUUGCCUACAAAAGCAGUAGACUUUAUGUCAUCAAUACAAGGGUCCAUUAGUGUUCCUUUUGUGAAUAUUGCUACUGGCAGAUAUUAUGAUGAUCGGAGAUUCAUCAAGUAUAACAAUUGCAAUCCUCUAGAGAUUAUCUACUCCAUCACUAAAACAAAGGAAUUUAUGGAAUUUAAUCUGAUUCAUCACGAGUAGACUUUGGUGGUGAAUCAACAAACAAAAAAGCAACCAAAACUACCAAAAAGAAUUUUGGAGAUUACUGAGAAAUACCAUAAGAACAAGGACUUGUACUCCUUCAAUCAUAAGAUUAUGGAGAAUCCUAAAUAUAAAUUGUCUCUUUAAUAGCAAGUAGAUUUCAGAAUGACUCAAUCAUUUUCCAUCUAGGAAAUCAAUUCGAACGUUAAGAAGUUUAUAUCAUCAUAAAGGGAACCCUUCAUGAAGGCUUAGCAGAUAUAUAUCAGAGCAAAUAACAAAUAAAAGGAAUUCAUCCCCGCAGUUAUCAUGAGAUAUCAAAAAAUGCUCAUCUAAAUACUAAAAUGA